GGAGGACACUCCUACAGAGAUCAGCACAGGACACGCCCUCGAGAAACUCUCAAUGGAUCAUCUCACUUUAUCUCUCAAAUGUAAAAUGGAAGAUGAGGACAUCAUAGGAGAUUGUGAAGGAGAAAAGACAAUGAGCUCUCUUGUUGAAGGUGGACUUCACAGUGUGGGUAGACCAUCGAAUCCCUUUGACUUUGAGCAGCCUCAUACUGCGAGGGAUGGUGCUGAAAUUCAGCAGAAUUCAGAAUUCUGUCCUGAAUGUGGGGAAAGUUUUAGUUCUGAGUUAAGUCUUGCUGUACAUCAGAGAUCUCACAUGGGUGGGAAGCCAUAUUCCUGCCCCGAGUGUGAAAAAUGUUUUUCACAAUUGUCCCAUCUUUACAUGCAUCAGAGGUCUCACAAGGGGAAAAAACUAUAUUCCUGUCCUGUGUGUGGGAAAUGUUUUACACGGAAACCAGGACUUGUUGUACAUCAAAGAUCUCACACGGGGGAAAAGCCUUAUGCCUGCUCUGAGUGUGGGAAAUGUUUUACUUUGAAAUCUGGGCUUGUUCUACAUCAAAGAUCUCACACGGGAGAGAAGCCAUAUGCCUGCUCUGAAUGCGGGAAAUGUUUUUCGGAGAAGUCCAAUCUUUGCAGACAUCAGAGGAUUCACACGGGGGAGAAACCAUAUUUCUGUACUGAGUGCGGGAAAUCUUUUUCACAGGUAUCCCAUUUUUACAUACAUCAGAGGUCUCACAUGGGGACAAAGCUGUUUCGCUGCCCUGAGUGUGGGAAAUGUUUUACACGAAAAUCAGGACUUGUUCUACAACAAAGAUUUCACACAGGGGAGAAGCUUUAUUCUUGCCCCGAGUGUGGGAAAUGUUUUUCAGAAAAGUCCAGUCUUUACAAACAUCAAAGGAUUCACACAGAGGAGAAGUUUUAUUCCUGUUCUCAGUGUGGGAAAUGUUUUUCACAGGAAUCGGACCUUGUUAUACAUCAGACCUCUCACACAAGCAAGAAGCCUUAUUCCUGCCCUGACUGCGGGAAAUGUUAUCCACGAAAAUCAAAACUUGUCAUACAUCUAAGAUCUCACACAGGGCAUAAGCUGCAUUUUUGUUCUCAGUGUGGGACAAGUUUUUCCCAGAAAUCCGACCUUCUAAUACAUCAAAGAUCUGUAUUUCUGCACUGAGUGUGGGAAAUGUUUUC